GAGUUCACUUUCUGACAUGUUCAGUUUUGUGUACGGAAGUGGUCAGCAGGUUGUAAGGUCAGAGGGUAAAGGCUAUAGCUCUUUCGAUUGAGAAUACACACAGCCAUCUUGGAUCUAACGUAGAGAAGGGAAAUUAAUGCGGUGACAAAAGGCAUGUUUGGUGCUAGAAAGAAAUUUGUAGAGUUCGUCGAGGUAGUCGAUAACGACUUUUCCGAUGAAAGCAUGUACUACAGCCAGCCGUCGAUGUUCCCACAUCGGUCGGAAAAAGAUUCCUCAAAUGUUUUCCUCCAGAUGCUGUCCUCUCCCUCGCCGUCGUCGUCGGGUCAGCUGUCGCAGCUUGGUGCAAGUUUGUAUGGUCCACAAAGUGCACUCGGGUUCUCGGUAAGGGGCAUGGGGAACAGUACGCCUCAGUUAAAUCGAAAUCUAACGCAAGGCACGCAGUUACCAAGUCAUAUCACCCCCACAACAGGGGUCCCCACCAUGUCCCUCCAUACCCCUCCAUCACCAAGCAGGGGGACAUUGCCGAUGAACACAAGGAACAUGCUGAACCACUCUCAGGUCGGUCAAGGCAUUGGGAUGAGUGGCAGGACCAAUAGUAUGGGCAGCUCGGGGCUGGGCAGCCCCAACCGCAGCUCGCCAAGUAUCAUCUGUAUGCCCAAACAGCAGCAAGCACGCCAGCCCUUCACCAUAAACAGCAUGUCAGGGUUUGGUAUGAACCGCAAUCAGGCUUUCGGGAUGAACAACUCAUUAUCAAGCAACAUCUUCAAUGGCACAGACGGGAGUGAAAAUGUAACGGGACUGGAUCUCUCCGACUUCCCUGCAUUAGCAGACAGGAGUCGGAGAGAAGGGACUGGAAACCCAACACCAGUGCUCAACCCACUAGCUGGACGGGCUCCUUAUGUUGGCAUGGUGACGAAGCCAUCGACUGAACAGACACAGGAUUUCUCCAUUCAUAACGAGGACUUUCCCGCACUGCCUGGCCCAAACUAUAAGGACCCCACGUUGAACAACGAUGACAGCAAAACUAACUUGAACUCCACAAGCAAGAGCACAUCCAAUGCAGAUGGGCCGAAGUUCCCUGGAGACAAGACGGCCUCAGCACAGAACAACAACCAGAAGAAAGGGAUCCAGGUGUUGCCCGAUGGUCGGGUGACGAACAUUCCCUCAGGAAUGGUGACAGACCAAUUCGGCAUGAUUGGCCUGUUGACGUUUAUCCGGGCAGCAGAGACUGAUCCGGGGAUGGUCCAUCUGGCGCUAGGAAGUGACCUCACGACACUGGGACUCAACUUAAACUCACCAGAAAACUUGUACCCCAAGUUCGCCUCUCCUUGGGCCUCAUCACCUUGUCGACCUCAAGACAUUGACUUCCACGUCCCGUCUGAAUACUUAACAAAUAUCCACAUAAGGGACAAGUUGGCUGCAAUUAAACUGGCACGAUAUGGUGAGGACCUGUUGUUCUACCUGUACUACAUGAAUGGUGGAGACCUGCUACAGCUUCUGGCAGCUGUCGAGCUCUUUAACCGGGACUGGAGGUACCACAAAGAGGAGCGGGUUUGGAUAACAAGGGCACCCGGCAUGGAGCCUACACUGAAGACCAACACCUACGAGAGGGGAACCUACUACUUUUUUGAUUGUCUUAACUGGAGGAAAGUAGCCAAGGAGUUUCAUCUGGAGUACGACAAGCUGGAAGAGAGGCCACACGUGCCAACAACAUUCAACUACAACCCAGCCCAGCAGGCCUUCUAAGGCCCGACCAGUCCAAAGGGACGCAGCGGUUCCUGCACAUGACACUGUUGUCCAGGAGGGGGCGCUGUGGUUCACACAGCUUGGUUUUUAUUCCUCGAGGAUUUGGCUAUCCGACUGCGGGGCCGUCAGCCACCAUCAAAACUGCCCUGCCUUUCCAAAAUUACAUGCUGCCCAAAACACCAACACUUGUUCUGUUUUUAUUCUUUAUGUUCCUCCUGGGUUUUUUUUGUCUUGUUUUGAGCAGGGUCUGUGUUAUGUUUACGUCUCUGAAGCCUCUGAAGUUUUCUUUUAGAACGGAGGACUGACCUUGUGGCACAGGACAGUGACAGAACAAGGUUUAUGCCAGGUGUUUCGAACAGAAACAAGGCGAGGAAAGUUCACAUCCUCAGACGCAAAUGAAAGGGUGAAAGAAAUGCAAUGUUUAUUGUUGCACUAUAUUUAGUAAUAAAAGAACACAAAAUUUGUUUGUGAUUUUUUAAUGUGAACACUCCCUGAUAUUUUUUUCCUUUUUUUUUUUUGUUUAAAUGGGUUGGGGGGUUCAUGCAACGUUUCCACAUGCAUCCCUUUUCAUCUCACCCAUUUUUUUCCCCUUCCAUUUACAUUGAUUCCAACCUCUGUGUUUGCACCACCGAACUGUUUUCUGUCUCAUCCUCUGUUUCUCCCUCUGUCCGUCUCUCGCUGUGAAUUCUGUGCCAGUUGAACAUGGACACAAAUUUUGGGAGACUACUUUUGGUUCCCACGAAUGUGGACGAAUCCUCGCAGAGGCUAAACAGCGACACGUUGCUCCAGAGCAAACAAAACACUUUCCAGUCUUUGUUACAAUUUUGUAAGAAAUGUGUACAUUUUUUGUUUCUUUGCAUCACAUAAAUUAGUAUAUGUAUGUACGAAUGUGUAUAUAUGAUUGCUAUAUAUAUAUAUAUAUAUGUAUGUAUAUAUAUAUAUGACAUCUAUUUUGGAAGAAAUUUUGCCCUGCCUUGUACCUCGUUUUUAUGAGGUGAGCAUGGAUGCAAUAUGUGGACGCAACAGGACAUUUCUGGAUCUGCUGGACAGGGUGUCACAUGGCACUGCGGGCACUUAACAUCGAAAUAAUACAAAAAUAAAAUGUCAUUUAAGGAAAGGCCUGAUUCUCAGCCAAAAAAAAAAAGAACAACAAAAUGAAAAAAUAAACAUGGAGAUCAUCCCCCCAGAGUUUGGAGCCCAAAGCAAAAGAAGGGAUGUAUUUCAUUUCAAGCUGUUUGAACAGCCCUGAACAGCAUUUCAUAGGAAACGGAAAAAUGACAAAUUGAGGAGAGAAAAAAAUCCAGACCAAUCUUGUAUUUUCUGAAGUUAAAAGCUUCUUUUCUUUGUAUUAAAGCAGAAAAGGCUUUCCUGAA